CAAAAAAGAAGAAGAGCUAUCACAAAACUUCUAUAUAGUUCUCAACUACAUUGUUUUAUUCUGUUUCGAUUGCGAUUGCAAUUACAAUAUUGCACAGUACUGGUGUCAGAUCAUCCUGUCGGAGACUUUACGGCCUGUUCACUGCAGUUUAUGGAAGUGCACAAUGGACACAACACCGGCUUGUCUCAGCGUUAGCUUUAGCUUUAGCAUUCGUGGUAGCCGCUGCUUGGCCACGUUUGCGGGAAUUUAAAUGGACCUUUCACUUCAGCAGGAGAGUGAAUUCGUGCGUCUCGUCCAAGAUGAUCUGGAACGGUACCGUCAGAUGGGCGACCACAGAAGUGUGCUGGUCUUUCCCACUCUUCCCAGCAGGCUGCGGUUUCUGAUCCACAGGACCGUAGAUGACCUGCCAGAGCUCACCACCUUUUCAGUUGGGGAGAGCUGGUGCCGUCAGGUGGUGGUCUGCCACGCUGGGCUCAGGUGUGAUGUAGAUGCAAACAAACAGGAUGUGAACACAAAGCCUCAGUCUUCUGCACGGAAACGGAACCCUAAGCGACCGGACAAGGCUCUUUAUGUUCCAAAGGUUCUGCGAGAGAGACUGCGUUUAGAAAACUCCCAGGGUCCCGCGGAGGAUCGAGAGCAGCUGAGUUCAUCCUCCCCGUCUGCUGACCUCUCAGGAGAGAGGCAGUCCCCUGGCCAGUUCCCAAAAUCACAUGCUGGUGUCACAGAAGAAGAAAACCUUCCUCCUGGGGCGAUUCAAAAUACAGAAGGACAUUUGGUGUUGAACUCUGAGGAAUCUGCAUCUGCAUCUGCAGUGGAGGAGGACCCCACUUCUUGUUUGGCAGGCUUGACUUUGGAGGAGAACCGAGGUAGUGAAUCGAGCGCAGACCUGGCUGAAGACAAGGACACGGAUGACAUUAUAGAGGAGAUCAAGCAGCACCUGAAGGACUUCACCAGCGUCUCCAUCCAGCAUGUACACAACGACUACUUUUAUGAGGAUGUUCGUGCCAACCUGGAGGGCUUCGGCCAUGUGAUUGAGAUCUACGAUUUCCCAAAUAUCUUCAAAACAGAAGACCUCCUGGAAGCGUUUGUUGAUUACAGUGACGGAGGAAUGAAGAUCAAGUGGGUGGAUGACACUCACGCUCUGGGGGUCUUCUCCAGCGAGGCGGCAGCACUUGAGGCUCUUUCCAUUCAUCACCCGCUGCUGAAGACCCGCCCGCUGGCGAGAGGGAGUAAGAAAGCCAAAGGAAAGGCCAUCAGACAGGCAGAGUUCAUCCAGCCGGUGAGGGAGCGUCCAAAGACUGACAGUGCUGUUGCCAAGCGACUGGUGUCCAGAGCUCUGGGGCAGCAGAGAAGAGAAGUGCCGCCGUUCUGAAGGUCAUGAUCCAUCGACACGAUCCACAAAUGACUCGACCGCUCACUGGUUGGCGAGCAGCCGUCUCAGGAUCCACUCUGGACAGUGAUUUCCAAGUUGUCUUCAAGCUAAUACUUUGCUUGUAUUCACUCAUUACUCAUGUACAGAUUAAAAUGUACUUUGGUUUUGAAGUUAUCCAGCUGAAUAACAGUGAUUUUAUAGUGUUUUCUUUUCAAGAGGAGCUCUGAAGUGAGAGAGGACUGUUUGAUCAAUGUAUACUUUUUUUAAAAAUAAUUGUUGACUUUGUAUUGAGCAACUUUUGAACUAGCAUGUCUUGACUUCUGCUCAUGAAACUGUUCAUUUGGAAAGUCGGAGUGAAACUAGAAAUACUUGAACUACUAACAGGCAGUCAGGGAUUUGUGUGCACUUUGUUCUGUGUACUGUGUGGACAACAUUUGAUGUUUCUGAUAACACAAGAGGAAUUGUAUUCUGCACAACUAAUAGAGAAAUAAAGACAAUUGA